CCGGCAGAGCAGAGCUGAGCAGCCCGCGUCCCAACACACAUGCAAUACAAUGAGGCAGUGUGUCCGCCGCCGAGAAGACAAAGCUGCAGGAGGAGACGAGGUUUUGCACAGGAUCAGGGACGUCUUGCUCGACUAAUCCGGGCAGAAUUGCUGAAGAAUGAGGCCCUAGUCUCUGUGUGACCAAGUUACGACCAAAAGGACUAGACUCUAGACCUCCAGUUCCAAAGCCAGGACACAAGAAUGAGGACCAAGUAUGCAGUCAUCUUCAUCUGUGUUGUGGCCCUGGUCAUCAUCGAAAAAGAAAGCAAUAUCAUCUCAAAGGUCUCAGAUAAGCUGAUCCAGAGGCAGACCCCUCAGAAUGACAACAGUACAACACCAAGAGGUUCUGCAGCUGUACUAAAAGUGCUGCUCGCCAAGCAGCCGGCUACAAAAAACAACCAAACACAUUUCUCAGAAAGGAAAGAAGAGGAUGAAAUGGACGAUAUGAAUGCCCAAAGAAGCAGCGCUGGCCAAAAGCACGUGUUGCUCAUGGCCAGCACACGGACUGGAUCCUCAUUUGUGGGGGAGUUUUUCAACCAACAUGGAGAGACCAUGUUUUAUUUGUUUGAGCCUCUGUGGCAUGUUGAACGCAUGCUGGCCACAGCAGCGGAGGUGAACAAUGGGACCGAUUUGCCAGUAAUAUACCGGGACGUCCUCCAGGCGCUCUUCCUCUGCGAUUUCUCUCUCCUUGAGAAGUUCAUCUCUCCUCCACCGAAGAACCAUGUCACCCCUUAUCUGUUUCGCAGAGAGUCAAGUUUAUCUCUCUGUGAAGAAGCUGUUUGUACUACUGUGCUCAAAGGUGUUUUUGAGAGGUAUCGCUGCAAGAUACGCCAGUGCGGACCACUGAACUUGACUCUUGCAUCGGAGUCCUGCCUCUCCAAACAAUACCAUACCAUCAAGGCUGUCCGUGUGCGGCAGCUGGAUACAUUGCAGCCUUUGGUGGUGGACCCUCGCCUUGAUGUCACAGUUAUCCAGCUGGUUCGAGAUCCACGAGCCAUCUUAGCGUCACGCAUGGUGGCCUUCUCCUCAAAAUACAAGACAUGGAAAGCCUGGGCAAAGGACGGCCAGGUACCUGAAAAUGACGAGGAGGUGAGGAGACUUAAAGGAAACUGUGAUCAAGUUAGGAUAUCUGCAGAAUUGGGACUUAGCAAGCCCCAUUGGCUAAAGGGACGCUACAUGUUGGUGCGUUAUGAGGAUAUUGCUCGAUACCCAAUGCAGAAGGCUGAGGAGAUGUACAAGUUUACAGGGAUACCCUUUAGCUCCCAAGCAAGGGAGUGGAUUCUGAGAAACACACAGACUACAGAGGAAGCCAGUGGAAUAUACUCCACACAGAAGAACUCCUCCGAGCAAGCAGAGAAAUGGAGGAUUACCAUUCCCUUUACGCUGGUUCAGGUUGUGCAGAACGUGUGUGGUCCGACCAUGAAGUUGUUUGGGUACAAAUUUGUGGAUAAUGAAAAUACACUGAUUAAUAAGUCUAUCAGUUUGCUUGAAGAUAAAGAAUUUCUAUAAUCAAGUGGAGUUUCUACAAACGACUGAAUCCAGCAGAACAUUCAUCCAUGUACAAUACUUGCUUUUUUCUUGCUGGGUUGCUGAUGGGGCUGAUGCCUGUCUUCAGCGGUCAGUUGUUGAGAGGUGGGGUACACCCUGUACAGGUUGCCAGUUCAUCACAGGGUGACACAGAGACAAACAACAAUGCACACAAACACUCAAACAUAAAGACUAUUUAUUAAGACCAAAAAACCUAACGUUCAUGGUUUUGUCCUCUGACUGUAAGCCAGAGUACAUGAAGAGAACCCACACAUGCACAGCGAGAACAUGCAAACUAAAUGUAGAAAGACCCUGGACAGGAUUUGAACUCAGGACUUUCCUCAUAAAAUUGCGUUACUGUGCAACCCUCCAAUUGUAAAAAAACCACAAAAAAAACAAAAACAUUUAUGUACAGACAAAACAGCAAGUACCAUGUUAACUUCAUGCCUGACUUUACCAACAGAUAGCCUUUUUAAAGGGAAUAACGUCUGCACACUGCAUUCACUGAGAUGCCAGUUACUCCAACAUUGUGUCAUAUUUAAAUUUUGAAAUAAGGCAGAGUUUUGAAGGGCCACUGUGUGAGAUGUAUAGGUUUAGUGUAAGAUUAUAGUAUUUUCAGGGAAAAACAAGACUGUAAUAGUAAUUUGGGAAUAGUGUCUGUAGUAGAGAGGUCCCUGAUAGCGCUCCAAGUCAGCCAAGAACAGGAAUUUGCCAAUGCUGGGUCCCAGCCUGAUGCUUCAUUACAGAUAUUAAUAUCAGUGCCAUGCAUGACUCUGCUUUCAAAGUGCAGUAAAAAGAACCCAUUAAAUUUGAUCAGUAUUACAUCAUCUACAUUAGACUUGUGUUGGUGUCUAACAUAACUCUAUCACCAAUGACGCUAUAGCAACCCGAACAAAGGGUUGAGUUGGGACAUUUGCUUAAAUUUUUUGAAAUAGUUUUAUCUUAUAGCUUUAUCCUUUGUUUCUAAAAAUCUAAUAUAAUUCAACAAACUCCAAUAUUGCUUCUGCUAACAUUGUUUUCAUGUGGAGAACCUUUCUGCAGUGGUAAGAUAAUGUUGGCAUGUUUUCUCUUAGUCCUGGGGGAUAAUAUAGCUCAUAACACUAUUUAGGGCAGUUCCAGUGAAUUAUGUGUGGAUGAAAUGGGAAAUGAAAAAGUUGAUCUCCUGCUUCGUAAAGUUGGCACAUUAUAAAAUUGAAUGAGCAAGUCACAUUACACAGACAGACAGACAUCUGCUGCAACCAACGGUCUUUCUUUUACUGUUAAUGUUAUUGUAAAGAGUAAACAAAAUUCAUUAGAUGGACAAAUAAUGUGCAGGUUACAUUUUUUGUAUUGUAAAGAUACAAAACAUUUUUGCAAGCCAAACAACACAACGUGUUUCAACACGGACCUAUGCAAAACAUCUGCACAACUUGCUGGGGAUCAAAUUACAUAUACUGGGGUUGAGUUAAGUCAGGGGAUCCAAUACUGAUUAUUUAUAGAUACUUAGGAUUAGAUCGGGACAUUCAGUGUCUGUAUGUAUUCACAAAUAUUGACUAAUAUGGUAAUAAUCCCACCCUAGAAUAGACAACUAGAAUCUCAUUAGAUCAGAUGUGAUGCGCUUUGGUAGUUUUUAUAAAUCUUACUCAGGUAAAGUGACUAUGGAACAGCAUUCUUUGUGUCUUGAAGGGACAUUUAUACAAUGUUCUCCCAGCUGUAUGUGUAUGAUAAUGUUAAAAAUGUUAUCUUUGGAUUUUCAAUGAAAUUUGUGAACAUAAAAGCAAACUUAUGUGAUGAAACAUCACUUACCUCAGAUGGCUUUUUAAUAGUUCAGUGAUUUCCUACCUCCAAGUGAUUGUGAGGCUUUAAUAUCUGACAAAAUAAGCUUGUUUUCUAAUAACCUGCUGCUCCUUUCACCAUACUGCCUAAUUUAGAGAUAAAACAGUAAAACAAAAAAUAAUUCUUGAACAACUGUUGGGUAUGAUGUUUGGGUUGUAUUAUCUGACAAAAAGUCCUCACAUUUUUAGGUAUAUUAAGACCAAAAUAAUUUAAUCUUUAGAAAAAAGAGAAGCUUUUUUCAGAAAGCUAUUCUUGUUUUGUGUGUCUGCAUGCCUAAACCCAUAUCAUUAAGUAAAAUCCAGGUGGUGUUGCAUUGGUGGUGCAUAAAGGUAACUACUGUGAAUAUGAUUCAAUGACAGCAUUGUGUUCAGCUUGCCUGAGGCCCCAGUAAUGUUGCCUCGCUGCUUAAGGAAAGGAUUUUGGUUUGGGUAUUCAAAUGGAGUGUGCCUAUCCUAACUUUGUUUUAAAAAUCUAAAGUUAAUACUUCAAUAAAGUACCAGGUUGUCAAAGUUACUGGGCUGUUAAACUGUCAAUGUUUAGAGUUUUUUUUUUUCAUUAAUACUAUCUGUAAUAUUUUUUCUAAAGUAAUUCUUAGUUGUUUUUUAAAUCUAAAAGUAAGUAUUUCAGGUUUCUGAUGCUGAUUAUUGAAAUGUAACAAUACUUACAAGUUUUUCAUUUAAAAUUUGGUUGACAAUGUUUUUGCCUGAUUUAACCAAAUUCUAAUCCUUCCCCCUUUUCUUCAGGCAUUCAUCUAUAAAUUCUUCAGUCUUUCUAACUCAAGUCUAAUACAAAUCAGCCUUUUAUCAAAAACCUGUUGUGUUAAUUUUGCUGAAAUUUUUUUUAAAAUCCUUUUCAUUCAUUCAUUUAUCUUCUGUACCGCUUAUCCCAUAGUAGAUCACGGGGGGGCUGGUGCCUAUCUCCAGCAGUCUAUGGGUGAGAGGCAGGAUACGCCCUGGACAGGUCGCCAAUCCAUCGCAAUGUUAAAUGUUUUUUUUCUUCAAACUUUUCCAAUGCAAUUAUAGUUUUGUAUAUCUAGCCACGUUUUGCUGAAUUGUUGAUAUAAGUUGUUUGAUUAGUUUGAUACUAGAACUGGAUGGGGUAUUAUCUUAAAGGGAGGGUUUUCAUGAAAGCAUUGAGUAAGCCUAAUCCUAUUAUUUACUUGCUGCCUGUACUCUUUGCUGCCAUAUUUAUUUUUUACAGAUGAACCAAGAUGUCAAAUUAUAGAUUAUACCUAAUUUAUUAGAACUGUAUCACACAGAUGUAAAUGUUACUCUGUUGAAGUAGUAAUUAAAUUUCUUUUGAUGUGAGUGCUUUAAAUGUGUAAAAAAAUGUUUUCUUAAUUAUGAAGUGCCAGACAUGAUGAGUUACAGGUUCAAGAGUUUGCAUUAAAAAAUUUGCUUGUCA